AUGAAAUUAUAUAAACCUAUUAGAGGAACAGAGGGAAGUGUUUCGAACCUUGGAAAUAUUAAAGUUACAACAAAUAUAUCAAUGCCAUCCGGACCGUACUAUCUAUUAAUCGAAUGGAUUUUCACGAAUAAUGACACAGAGCCUCAUACUAUUGAUUUGCAUACUCACGCAGAUGUUCAGAUAGAAAAUAAGCAACGCACAAAUGUACAUUGGUUCCCAAGUGCAGAUGACAGGAAAGGAAUCAUUAUGCAAAAUAAAGGAUCAAAUGAUUCGCAUAUCAUCAUUGGAAAAGAAGGAUAUCAUGUCACCCCUUAUGAUAUUAUAUAUUUCGGUAGAUUUAAUAAAAGAAAUCAAUAUUAUUUUUGGAACAGAACAGAUUCAGAUUCACUUUUAGACCAUGAUGCCGUUUAUACGAUUGGGUGGACUAAUAGAAGAAUUUAUCCAGGCGAGCAAAUUAAAUUUGGUGUUUUGUAUCAUGUAAAUGAAUUUAAUGUAUCGAAACUUCCUCCUUCUCUUUUCGUUGAUGAAUCUGAUUUAAAAACUAAUUAUAGUUCAGGAGAUGAAAUUGUCAUCAAAGUCCGCGUAACUAAUAACUUAAAUAUCUCUAAAUAUGGACUUCGAGUCAACUGUACAUAUCAAAACAAAACUGAAACAUAUAUAAUUGAAGAAAGAGGGGAAAUUUCAUGGACACAUGAUUUUAAAUUUCAACUUGGCAAUAGUAUUUCUAAACACUCUGUCUAUUGUAUUGCACAAAACUUUGUUAUAGAUGGUAGUGAACCAGAUGGUCCAUUAUCUAACGAAUACAAAAGAGAUUUCAAUGUUAAUAAGGCGCCAUGUAUAUCUGAUGAACCAGAUCGUCCACAAAAUCGUAACGAUGGUUUCUUGGUUUUGGUAAUGUAUUUAGACUAUGUAGGUACUCGGUGA